GCACCUCCCUCGCAACUGCUGCAGCCGCUGCUGUCUGGUCCAGCGGUGCCUUCAAGCAAGCCCAAAGUGCGCAGAAAGCAAAAGGAAGAGAUCAAGGAAAUUCCGAUACAGUACCAAGACUGUAGCUGUGGGAGAAUCAUUUUCAGCAACUCGAUGAAGUUUAUCUUGGCUUGUGCUUUGCUCGUUGCAGCGAUGUGGUGCGCUGAAAACUACGACGAGGUGGUGAAGUUCUUCAAUGGCCCGUUCCGAAAGCAGGAGCCUGCGGCAACCGCGCGUGCAGGUUCAAAGAAGGACCACAAGAAGGACCAGAAAUCUACGGAGUCGAAGGAGUCAAAGCACUCGUCGCGUCCACAUCAUGAAGAGAAGCCGGAAUCUCACUCCCAUGGAGGAACUGGACGACAAGGUGAGGAAGGCAGGAUGCACCCAACUCCGCGACCGAUGACGGAUUUGCAGCCACUUGUGCCAAGGCUUAAGAUGGAACUGAAGAAACUCGAGCGCUUGGACCAGGAAAUCGAACCCUCAACCUUCAACUCUAGAAAUCUCAUGAAAACUCUAAGGAGCAAGCACAGACAGCAAGAGUUGGUGAACUGGCUCGAUUGUCGCAGAAAGAGAACGAACACCAAGCAGCACAGUCCCAAAACAAGACACUUGGAAGCAUUCCAUUGGCGGCAAGUCUCCAAAAAGAGAAAAUUCGUUGCCGAUGGUGUCUUCAAUGCUGAACUCAACGAAUUCUUGGCUCGCACUUUGGGAGAAGACGGCUAUGCCGGAGUGGAAGUGCGCGUGACGCCCAUUCGAACUGAGAUCAUCAUCCGUGCAACCAGGACCCGCGAGGUUCUUGGCGAGAAGGGCCGUCGAAUUCGGGAGCUGACAGCUCUCGUCCAAAAGCGUUUUGGUUUUCCAGAGAACAGUGUCGAGCUCUUUGCCGAGCGGGUGGAGAAUCGUGCCAGCUGCGCCAUGGCUCAGUGCGAGUCUCUUCGCUUCAAACUCAUUGGUGGCCUGGCCGUCCGCCGUGCCUGCUACGGUGUUCUCAGAUUCAUCAUGGAGAACGGUGCCAAGGGUGUGGAGGUCAUCAUCAGCGGCAAGUUGCGUGCGCAGCGUGCCAAGGCAAUGAAGUUUAGACAGGGCUAUUUGAUCUCCACUGGAGAGCCGAAGAGGCACUACAUCUCGGAGGCUGUUCGACACGUGCAGAUGCGACAGGGAACCAUCGGCAUCAAGGUUAAGAUCAUGAUGUCGCACGAUCCUGAAGGCAAGAUGGGACCAAAGAUGCAGUUGCCUGACAACGUGGUUGUCCAUGAGCCAAAGGAAGAGGCGGUGCCAAUGAUGCCACCCCCAGAGCAAGAGGAGCAGCAGUAUGGCGGCGGCUACAACCAGGGAUACAACAACCAGGGCUACAACCAAGGCUACAACCAGGGCUACCAACAACAGGAGGGUUACUGA